AGCUCCCUCUCCAUACUAGCACUUUGGGAAUUGUUUUGCUUAUACGGCACGAUUUGAUGGUCAGCUAACUUUGAGUGAUGGGCCCCAAGUCCAAUCAGACCAGGGAAGAUGAUCCUGCCGCUAUUCCCUACCGACUGCAAGGGACAUUCCCGCUGGAGUUCCAGAACCGAGCAGGUAAGCAACAUUUCUUAGGAGAGGAGAAUCAUUCUCUGCGUAUGAGCAAGAACGGCAAGUACUUGGCACUCUUGACCAGGAUCUUCCAGGAAGCAGAGUAUGAAGUAUUGGGGCUAAAGAGAGCCAGCCAGCCGAACGAAGGCCUACCGUAUGAACGCGCUCGAGAACCGCACAGCACCCUCCGGGGAGAAAAUUUGGUGGUAUGGAAAAUACGUAGGGCAGUCAGGCACGCCAGCUACUCUAGGAGGACAUCUAAAUACAAGGCUCUAUUUCAGGGAAGUGUUGUCCUCUCUUCAUCAGAGCGGAUAAUGUCGACUCCUUCGGACCUCCCUCUCCUGCGUCCAAUUCCCCGUCGCCCACAAACAAUCGAGACGGCUUCCCCAUCCCCCUCUCCCAAUGCUACUCCAUCGCCCCUCCUAUCUUCCCCAGAUAAUCUCGCAUCACCGGCGGAUAGCCUCUCUCCCACAGAAUUCAGACCCCCAAAGCGCACCAAGUCUGCAAUCGCCUUAACCUCGUCUACACUCUUCGGAAUCUAUUCCCUCUCUGACGAUGCAAACAAGGACACUGAGCCCUCUACUCCUUUCCUAUCUCGCAACUCGUCUGUCCUUGAUAUGGCCGACCUCGACAUUAAGAAGGUAACUCCAUCUCAUGUGCCCGUGAAGCAUACUCGGAAGGAUCCAGUUCCGUGGUACGAGGUCGCUAUGAGGGGCAUGGCCCUAUUCGCUUUCGGCGUUGCAUACGGCGCUAUUGUUACCGAUUUGCACAAUUCCAAGAAAUUCUCCCCAUCUACGGUAGAUAUCGAUCGGUACAAUCCGAGGUAUCUCGUCCAGUGGGGAUUGGCGGGUGUGGUGUUGGGUUCGUUGUUGCCGUGGUUAGAUGGAAAGGAUACGGGUAAUGGGAGCAUUGGAGCAAAAAUUGAUUGGGAUCCUGCGGUCAGAAGUAUCGGUGCUUUUGUCGGCAUUGCCUAUGCUAUUAGGAAGCUCCCUUGGCAAUCAACCCUACAGGUUAGCGUAUCGCUCUCGUUCGUGAACCCAUUUUUGUGGUAUCUCAUUGAUCGCACUCGCGUCGGCUUCUGGCUUUCUGCGGCUGUCGGAAUUACUGGGACAGUUUUCCUUUUGCAAACCAAUCCGGAGAUGAUCCAGACCCCGGAAACCAUCUCUUUCCCGGACGAGAGCAAGAUUGCGGGAUCAGUUUCCGUUGAGAGCUUUGGCGUUACGGUUUGGAUCGCAAGCGUUUUGUUUUGCAGCUGUGUUUGCUUUGGUAAUGUUGGGAGGAGGUUUGCCUCUAUGGAGAGGAAUGGCUAAUCGGGACGGGGUAUGAAUCAUUGCGCAACAAUGACUAUUUGAAAGCGAGCAGCUGACGGUUGGGUGGAAUGGGUGGAUGGGGUAAAUGUUUGGCGUAU